UUGGAACCAUAAUAAAUUAUAAUAAUUUGGAUUAUAAAGAUAGAUUAUAUAAUUUGGUUUAUAAAAAUAAUCUAGGUGGACAUAUUUGAAGGUCAGAUUAUGUAAACUGUAAUUAAGAUUUUACAUUGCAUAAUGACCUGUGCGUCCUCUGUUUUAAACUCUGUUUUAAAAAUAAAUAAAAGGAUGGCGGUAACAGAAACACAAUUAUCUUUAACUUUAUAAGGGUAAUGGGUCAUUAGUAAUUCAUAAUCUGAUUUUAACUGGAACAUAGUAGAUUAUGAGUAUUUAAUAAGGAAAACGCUGUCGUCCCACCGACCGAUCAGUCUUACUCGUCCGUCGCCUCUUCGUCCGUUGAUCCUUAUCUGAUCUAACGGCUCAAAUUAUUCCCGUGGCCGGCGGGUUCGUGACCAAGUCGUGACCGUUUUCCUGAAACUUUCCAAUUGUUUCAGGAAGUUAUUCCUGCAGCUGGAAGCAGUUGACCGCAGCUGGAGGGAUUGGGAGGACGACGGCGACUGGAUCUGGGAGGACGGCGGCGCGAACCCACGCGUGGCGACGACGACGGCGGCGAUCGUCGACGACCCAAGCAGCAUGGGUAUCUAUAUAACUCGAUGGUCGGCGAAGCGGCUACGUGAGAUAGCCAACACCGUCAAAGAGAAAAAGAGGGAUGUCAUAAGCAAGUCCUCUUUCGGGGAUUUGCUUCAUAUCUCCCCUUUACCACCUCCUCCAGAAGAACUUGUCGAUUUCAUAGUCAUGAGGAUUGAUACUAAGAAGCGGCUGCUCAAGUUAAGUGACCACAAGAAAAUCCAAUUCACAAGGGAUAUGGUUAAGAAGCUAUUUAAUGUGCCAUCCGAAAGCAAGCCACUUGAAUUUGGGAAAAGGGGGAAAGCAGAUUUCCGUGAAAUUUAUUUGGAAGGCGAAAGGGCUCCAAUACCAACCACAGUCUCUGUCCUAUCAAACGCUGAUGAUGACGAUGAGGAUACCAUUAAUAGGACAUGAAUUCUACUUUGCCUUUCGUUGGUCCUAGCUCCUGGUACCGGAAAUAUGGUGCCUUUGGAAUAUCUGCACACUUUGCAAGACAUGAGUGUUGUCCACGAGUUUGAGUGGGAUGAGCAUAUUCUGUUAGACGCGAUGAAGGAAGUUAAGAAAUACCAGGAUAAGAGGAAUGAAGGCAAACUAAAAUUCCACAUUGGCGGUUGUCUACCAAUGCUUCCGGUAAUUUACAUGGACCACAUUGACAUCCCAAGAGGAUGUAUAGUUGAUCAUGUCAUCGAUUAUUCUCUGCCACGGGCUUGUUUUGUGAAGGAGUUGGAUUUCACCGCUGUUAUUGCAGUUGAUACCAUUGAAGAUGGUUUCGGGAAGCGCCCUUUCAGCUCCACUUCACCUUACGCAACAACCAAGUUUCUGUCAUACAUAGAGCAGCUUGCCAAGUUACCCAACAAAGCUAGUAUGUCCGCAAGAGAGAUUCCCCGAUAUGGUUGGUGCUGAUGGCGCCCAACAACCAACAGAAGGUGCUACAAACAAAGCUGAUGGCACAACACGGAAUGUGCAUGAGCCACCUCCGAAAAACACGGAGGGUGGUGAUGAUGUGUGUGGUUCUUUGGAGGACUGGCUGCGUCCUCUACCAACAUUUGACGAAUUAGAGCUGCCCCCACACAUGCGUGCUAUAUUCAACAAGCAUAAAGACAUCCAUGCUGCAGAACUUAAAGGUGCAUUGAGCUCAUUUGGGAGUUUGUUGGAGGGAAUCUACCUCAAAAGAAUGGGCCUGAUGUUGUCUGAAGCAUCCAAAGCUGGAUUUAGGAGUGACGAAGCGAAACAAAAUGUCACUUUUCAUGCAGCAGCAGCUCCCGCUCCAGGCAUGUGCAAAGCAACUGCUAAUGACUCGUCUCCGCAACAGCAGAAGAAACGGGAUACUAAUACAGGAGCUGUCAAUGCAUCUGUCACAAUUUCAUCUCCACAGCAGCCCAAGCAGCCUAACAACUUGGAACAAGGUAAUACAUCAACUGCUCAAUCCACCGUCAUUGCCUCGUCUAUGCAGCAAGCCUCUCAGCCGGACAACACAAAGAGUGUUGAUCCAGGAGUUGUAGUUGGGAAAACAAAUGCUGACAAAAAAAACCAUAAGAGUGAGAGUGAGAACAACAUUGGAGAUGAUCGCAACAAUGCAAAGGGAGAAGAUAUAUGCAGUCGCGUGAAUCUGAUUAGGAGACCAGGAGAAACAACUCUCGAAGACGGGCCUUCAUUUGGAUUGUUCGAACCUGGAAGCCCCGAUGCCUUGCUGUUUCAGGAUGUGCCACAAGUUGAAUCACCUCCACGAUCGCCUGCUGUUGAUAUCGAGUCUUUCAUGGAGAUUCGAGCGAGGAGCCCUUUGUUUGAUAACCUUUUUGCUGCCGCUGCUUCACCUGGUCCUGUUUAUGAUGUCACUCCACUCGCGACGUUCCCGCCAAUAUCAACAGGCCCUGCAGAAGCAUGUAUUGAUGAUACAAUAGAGGAGGCACGGGUUGAAGUCAGCAGCGGGCAAGGCCAUGAUCAGAAGCAUCCUACACUUAAGAGAGCUGCACCGACCGAAACAACCGCAGCAAAGUUGCCAAAAAUGAAGAAGAAAAAAAUUGAUGCAAUGGAUGAUGCGAUAUACCAGAGGUACUGUUGUACCAAUUAUAAGAUAAAGGACCCACCCCGAGGCGAGCCACUCCCUUCGUUCAUAAGGAUAGGUGGUUUCGAUAUUUCAUUCAAACAUUUCAGCAACGGGCUCAAAAAGCGGGCUCAUGUGAACAAUGAGGUGAUGUCACUCUAUAUUGAAAGUUUCAACAUUGAGCACAUGUACAGUUCAAGCAAGCCAAGGAAGUUUGCAUUCUCACCACAUGUUGCGUCAAAACUCUGUGUGGACCCAAGUUCAUUCAAUACAAAUUCCUGCACGAAAGAUUUGAAAAGGGCCUGUGAGAAGAACGACAUUGCCAAAGCUGACCAAUUGUUCUUCACCAUUGUGAAACAAGACCAUUGGGCGGUCGUUGUUCUAAACUUGAUCCAUAAACAGUUCAAUGUGUUCGACUCCAACAUUAGAGACUCUGAUUAUGUCAGCAUCCUCGAGAAGCCUUGUUCCAAUCUGAUAGAGAACUUCAAAACUCUCGUGAGAGGAAGAAACCCUUGGAAGCACAAUCUUGACAUGUUUGAGCGCUUCAGUCCAUCAGGCUACCCACAUCAGUCAACAACAUUUGAUUGCGGCUUGUUUGCUAUUCUGUACAUGGAGAACUUAACUGCAAGGGGGUUAAAGCCAUUCAAUACAGACACAACCUCGUUGCUCAACUUCCGCAAGUACAUCGCAGCAAAGCUUUUCAAACAUCCGCAAAACACCCUCAGCUCGGAGGAGGAGCUCGAAAAGUUGCUGAAGAAGUCAUAGUUUCAAGUGAAAAGACGACCGCAACAAGACCUAGCUAGUAGUUUUAGGCUUCUUCUUUUUUUCAGUGCAUGUGUGCGCGACAUGUGUUUUUGCAACUGAGUUCUCUAGUUACCUCAUCCUGAUCCUGAUGUGUUACAGAGACAUUACCUGAUCUUUUUUGUCAUUGAUCAUAUGUAGCUGGGGCAUGCCAUCUUUUUCAAGCAUGAGAAAUAUAAUUUUGCAGUUACCUGAUCCCUGAUGUGUGAACAUGACAAAAUACAAAUACA